CUUAGACAGACCAUGACAAAGUUCUGUCAAGAGCACUUGGCUCCGAAGGCCCAACAGAUUGACCAGGAAAAUGAAUUCAAAGACAUGCGGGAGUUUUGGAAGAAACUUGGGGAACUGGGAGUUCUGGGAAUCACAGCUCCUGCGGAAUAUGGUGGAUCUGCUUUGGGGUAUCUGGACCAUGUGGUGGUGAUGGAGGAAAUUUCCCGUGCGUCAGCAGCUGUUGGGCUUAGUUAUGGUGCCCACUCAAACCUUUGCAUCAACCAGCUGGUGCGUAACGGCAACGAGGCCCAGAAAAGCAAGUACUUGCCCAAGCUCAUCAGUGGGGAGCACAUUGGAGCUUUAGCCAUGAGUGAACCCAAUUCUGGAUCUGACGUCGUGUCCAUGAAGCUGAGAGCUGAUAAGAAAGGUGAUUACUUUGUUUUGAAUGGGAACAAAUUCUGGAUCACCAAUGGGCCAGAUGCAGAUGUCUUAGUCGUGUAUGCAAAAACUGAUGUCAAUGCUGUUCCAGCCUCCCGGGGUAUAACUGCCUUCAUCGUGGAGAAGGGGAUGCCAGGUUUCAGCACAGCCCAGAAGCUCGACAAGCUGGGAAUGAGAGGGUCUAAUACCUGUGAGCUGAUCUUUGAAGACUGCAAGAUCCCGGCUGAAAAUGUCUUGGGGAAGCUGAGCAAAGGAGUCUACAUCCUGAUGAGUGGAUUGGACCUGGAGAGACUCGUGCUGUCUGGUGGGCCACUGGGGCUCAUGCAAGCUGUUCUUGACCAUGCAAUUCCAUACCUGCAUGUAAGAGAAGCAUUUGGACAGAAAAUUGGCCACUUCCAGCUCAUGCAGGGCAAGAUGGCAGACAUGUACACCCGGCUGAUGGCCUGCCGGCAGUACGUCUACAACGUGGCCAAGGCCUGUGACCAGGGCUACUGCAAUCCAAAGGACUGUGCUGGAGUGAUCCUGUACUCAGCAGAGUGUGCUACCCAGGUGGCUCUGGAUGGGAUCCAGUGUCUGGGGGGGAACGGCUACAUCAGCGACUACCCGAUGGGGCGGUUCCUGCGGGAUGCCAAGCUCUACGAGAUCGGGGCGGGCACCAGCGAGGUGCGCAGGCUGGUCAUCGGCAGGGCCUUCAACGCCACCUUCAAAUAA